GAAUCGCAGUAAAGAGCGACAAGCUAAAGAAGGAAGUCCCAACUCAAAUAAGGAGACAUGAUCUCAGCAAAUAAGGACAUUAUUUAAAGAACUCUGCAGUGAACUUUGCCAGGAGACUCAGUGUAGGAUGAUUUUCUCAAAAUCUUAAUGAAUUCACCCUCAUACAUCUUGGGAAGUUCCUGUGCCUGGAGCCUGAUGGUCUUCCAGAUCCAAGUCACCCUGCUGCUGAUAUCCUGGGUACUGAAAGGCACUUCAGAGGGACAUCCAUGCACCUCAUGACUGAAGAGCAGGGAGGAUGUGGCAAACAGGGAAGUGACUGAUGAACAAGGGUUUUGCAGAGUUGCUGCUGUUAAAGCUUUUGAAAUGGAAAUUAUACCUGCUGAGAGAAUUGUGGCACAGAUAGGAGGCACACUCAUACUCACAUGCAAUACUACUGGCUGUGCAUCACCAAGUUUUUCCUGGAGGACACAGAUGGACAGCCCCCUUGGAGGAGAAGUCAGCAGGCAUGGGACAUAUUCUACAUUGACUAUGAAUCCAGUUAGCAUUGUGAAUUCUCAUUCUUAUCUUUGUACUGUCACAUGUGAUGAGAGAGGGAAAAAGGAGAAGAGUGUCAAAGUUGAACUUUACUCUUUCCCCAGUGAUCCUAUCAUUGAGAUCAGCCCAUCCUUAGUUGCUGGAGAACCAGCCACUGUCAUCUGUAAAAUUCCUGAUGUGUAUCCUUCUGAUCACCUGGAAGUUCUCCUAAAGAAAGAUGAACAUGUUCUUCGUGAGAAAAAUUUUUUUGAAGAUGAGAGCACAAAUACAGAGACCAAAAUUGUGACAUAUACAUAUCAUCCCAUGGCUGAAGAUGCUGGGAAAGAGAUUACCUGUGUGGCCAAGUUACCAAUUGUUGAUAUGGAUUUUGAACCCAAAGAAAGAACAUCUUCUCAGAAACUUAAUGUAAAUUUUGGUCCACAAAAUACUGUCAUUACUGCAUCUCCAGGCAACUCACCAAUGGAAGGAGACUCUCUGAACCUCACUUGUGUCACUCAGAGUAACCCACCAGCACAAAUAGUUUGGAGGAAAUAUUUGGCUGAAGAAAGCAUUCAGCAUCUGAUAAAAAACAAUGUUCUUUUUAUUCCCCGUGUCCAUUUCAAUGAUUCAGGACGGUACAUCUGUGAAGUAAUUAAUCUGGUAACUGCUAAAACAGAGGAAGCAACUGUGGACAUUAUUAUACAAGGUGCUCCAGUCAUUACAAAAUUCUCCAUUGAACCCUCUACAACAGUUCAGGAAGGAGAAAAUGUCUCCAUACAAUGUUCUGCUGAAAGCAACCCUCCUCCCAAUAUUAUUUUAAGGAGAAAAUCUGACAAUGCAGACAUAGGGACUUACAGUGCCAGGAGUAUUCUUCUUCCAUCUGUGAUGUUCCAAAAUGGAGGAGAUUAUGAAUGUGUAGCAGAAAAUAAGUUCGGGAACAGUAAAAGUGAAAUCACACUUAAUGUGAAAUAUGGACCAAAGAACACAGUGAUCACUGUUUUCCCUGCUGCUCUUAAAGAAGGAGAAACUGUUACAAUUAAAUGUACUAGUUCUGGUAAUCCAGCUCCUGUCAUCUCCUGGAAGAAAAAGAAGGCCACUGGGGUAUCUGAGAAAAUUUCUGAAAAUGCAACUAUAACUAUACAGAACUUGAAAAGUCAAGAUCUGGGGCUUUAUGAAUGUGAAGCUUACAAUCAAUUUGGCAAGGAAGAAAAAGCUGUGGAAUUAUAUGUUCCAGCAAGAUUGGAAGGACCAGAUCAGAUGAUACCAUUGAUUAUUGCAUUCUCAUCUGUAGCAGCAGUAGCAGUACCUGCAGUUGCAAUUUUGAUCUACGUGUCAAGACAAGCAAAGAUCAAUGGAUCCUACAGUCUUGUAAAAGCACUCAGGUUGAAAGUUUGAUCAUGUGAAUAUAAGUCUUUAGUUGAUAAUAAGCACAUAUAUUUAUUGCUGUGACUGGUUCUACCCUUCUGUAACAUAUGGUGACAAACAAGUGACUUAAGAACAGCACCAUGUGAUAGCAAAUGGGCUUAUUUUCAUGCUCUGAUCAGUGUUUUGGUAUUUAAAUUAAAGGAAGAGCUAGAGUCCUGACCAAGAAAUUGGUAAACAAUUUCUGUGUUGAAGCAUUCUGAACAAAGAGUUCUGUGAAGAACUAGGUUUGUACAUAGUGUAUAAUUUGUGUUAUAAAUAUGUUCAACUAAAUAUCAGUUUGUAAAACUGAAGUCUUAUUGCAAUUGUACAGAGAAAUUUUGUUAAUUCAAAGAUAUAAAUCAAUAUUCCUUGAGCUGAUCAAGUGAUUUUUAUUUUGUAUUACGCUGCAGCAUGAACGUUUUUUUAAUAUAAUUUGUUUGGUUGUGGUAAUGUUUGGAAAAUAUUCUCUUUUCACUCAUAUUGUCAUAAACUCUAUACCUUCAAUGAAGUUACACAAUCACUGGGCUAUGCAUUUCUAACAAAUUUAAACUAAUUUAAGCCUUUGAGACUCAUUUGCAAAACAUUUUAUUUUAAAAAUUAUUCAAAAAAUGUCUGAGGUUAUAAUCCUGUAAAUUCUAGCAUUGCUAAGGUAUUCUUGCUGGCUUCAAUCAUUCUCAGAUGAAUGUCAGAAUUCCGUUAUUUUGUGAUGAGCCAAAUCACACCUUUCUUGUAAAAUAUAAGGGCAUUGUAAAUAUGCUUUACAGAUUUCCCCUUCAAAAUAAAACUACCAGUAGAUUUCUUUGACUAAA